GUUUGCUUCCAGAGUUCGUAGACCAGGAGCCCCCGCGGUUGUCGCGCAGGUUCCCUCCAGCUUGGUCGGGAUGGAGCUGCCCGCCGUGAACCUGAAGGCGAUCCUCCUGGUUCACUGGCUGCUGACGAUCUGGGGCUGCAUCGUGUUCCCGGGCGCCUACGCGUGGUCCAACUUCACCAUCCUGGCCUUGGGCGUGUGGGCCAUCGCGCAGCGGGACUCCACCGACGCCAUAAGUAUGUUUCUGGGUGGCUUGGCGGCCACCAUCUUCUUGGACGUCAUCCACAUCAGCAUCUUCUACCCAAGGGCCAGCCUCUCGGACACAGUGCGCUUCAGCGCUGGCAUGGCCAUCGUCAGCGCCCUCCUCAAGCCGGUCUCCUGCUUCUUCGUCUACCAAAUGUACCGGGAGCGCGGGGCUUUCCUUGGACCUUCACAGGAGCACAGUGCCUACCAGACGAUUGACUCUCCAGAAGUGCCUGCCGACCUGGAGAGCAGGGCUCACGUCCCCCAAGGAUACUGAAGCCAGCCCUGCUGCACCUGGCCCCAGCCUAGGGACCAGUUUGACAAACUGCGGGGAGGGGUGAGAGGAGGCUGCAUCCCCUUCUUGGUGCCUUGGAUGUCAUCCUAGGGGUGCUCCCGUCCCCCGACCUUUCUUAGAACUAAUGUGGGAUGUGUCUCCGGUUCCCCAUCUCAGGGGUUGCCUGAAUCAAGUGCCCUGAGAGGCCAGGAGCCCCUGUGCACACCUGUCCCAAACUCCUCGAGGCCUCUCCUCCCUUCCAGGUAUCCCACUGGUGCCAGGCUGGGAACUGUGGUCGCUUUUGUCACCUCCACCCUUAGCUGCUCCGUGCAGGUCCUGGGUCGAGCCGUGCCUGAGCCCGGCGGGGUCAGGCCUCUAAGAGCCAGUGAUGCCCCUACCCAGCGCCUCUCCCGAAGUUGGCCAAGCCCUCCCGCAGGAGCUCUGAGAGCUUCUGGUCACACUGAGCCCCAGGAGUGCAGGGGUGAGGACCCCCGGCUUCUCACUGCCUAGUCACUUGGGGCCCAGGACCCCGGCACUAGAGGCUGGUGGUGUCUGCAGCCUCAGAGAUCCACCACAACCUCCAGUUGCCCUUCUCAGAGCCAUGGCAUUAAAGUUCAGGGAAUCCUGUAGCUGAGUGUGUUUUGAGCCACGUUUAAUCUCCCGUCAGGGCUGGAGCCUGGACUUGCCACUCCUGGGAAGAUUCCGGCGAAUCCCCAGGGCACCAGGCCUUAGGUGCCCGUUCUCUUGUGGCGGGAGGGAGCAGGGGCUCAGGACCAGCUGGGCCUGCUGUGUGCUCAGCUCCGGCCCAGCCGGGGCCCCGGCAGAGGAGGGCGCUGUUCAUUGCGGCAAAUGGGUGUCCGUUGCUCUGAAUUCAGAUGGCUCAGGUAUCGGUUUGAAUCCCACCCUACCCCUGACUGUGCGCCCCUCAGACCCCCGUGUCCGCUGGAGGAGGGCUAAUGCCUGCCCAGAGAGCCAUGACGCAGCUGAAAUGUAC